AUGAAGAUGCAGUUUGAAAUGAGCGUGCUAGGAGAAAUGAACUUCUUUUUGGGUUUGCAAGUUCGUCAAGACUCCAAGGGAAUCCUAAUUCAUCAAGGAAAAUAUGUUGACGACAUCAUUUCAAAGUUCAAGCAUCAGGAUGCAAAACCUGCAAAUACUCCUAUGGCAGAAAGACCAAUGAUGACCGAAGAUCUGGAGGGAGAAGCUGUUGACGAGACAUUGUAUCGGUCGAUGAUUGGCUCGUUGAUGUAUUUGACGGCCAGUAGACCAGACAUUAUGUUUGCUAUGUGUCAAUGUGCACGUUAUCAGGCUGCCCCUAAACUUGGCUUGGACUUUUGUGUCGAAAGGAGACUCCUUUUGAUUUAUGCGCUUUCUCUGACAGUAACUUUGGAGGUGCAGGUAGGGACAUGA